CACGCGCACGGCUCCGGCGCGCUCGCACACGUCACCGCGCACGCACAAGCGUCCGCGCGCGUCCCCGCCUGGAGGGACCGCUGGGCGCGACGCCCGGUGCCGCGGAGGCUCCCGGAGCGCGCCAUGUCGUACAUGCUCCCGCACCUACACAACGGCUGGCAGGUGGACCAGGCCAUCCUGUCGGAGGAGGACCGCGUCGUCGUCAUCCGGUUCGGGCACGACUGGGACCCCACCUGCAUGAAGAUGGACGAGGUCCUGUACAGCAUCGCCGAGAAGGUUAAAAAUUUCGCAGUUAUUUAUCUUGUGGAUAUCACAGAAGUACCUGACUUCAACAAGAUGUAUGAGUUGUACGACCCAUGUACGGUCAUGUUUUUCUUCAGGAACAAGCACAUCAUGAUUGACCUGGGCACCGGCAACAACAACAAGAUUAACUGGGCCAUGGAAGACAAGCAGGAGAUGGUGGACAUAAUAGAGACUGUGUAUCGCGGAGCCCGCAAGGGCCGUGGCCUGGUCGUGUCCCCCAAGGACUACUCCACGAAGUACAGAUACUGAGCCGCGGGGUGCAUGCUGUGGAGCCGUUUUCGUUUGGGGAUGCUUCAUACUGUUAAAGCCUUUGGAAAAGUACAUGAAGCUCAAGGCUGGAGGACCCUUGAGAGGAGGCUUGCAGCCUCAACCAGAUGAAAUAAACAAGUUCACAGUAGUGGGAACAGCCUUAACUGUGUUCUUAAGACACUGGAUGUAUAGAUUAACUGUCUUCUUAAGACACUGGAUGUAUAGAUUACUGAUUGCAGUGGUUGAAGGUAACUCUUAUCUUUAUCCUUGGAGUGAAGUUAAGGUGUUUAUCCUCUGAGGCUGUUGUAUUUUGCGUAUUUGAUGAGUUUGCUAGGUUUGCCAUAACAGAGUACCCCAAACUGGGUGGCUUUGACAACAGACAUUUAUUGUCUCACGAUUCUGGAGGUGGGAAGUCUGAGAUCAGAGUGUCGGCAGGGUUGGUUCCACCUGAGGUUGUGAGGGAGAACCUGUUCUAGGCCUCUUCCCCCAGCUCCUGGAGGUCUGCUGGCAACCCUUGGCAUUCCUAGGCUUGUAGAUUCUUCAACCCCAAUCUCUGCCUUCAAAACAUGGCGCUCUUCCUGUAGGUGUGUCUGUCUCCAGAUUUCCCCCUUUCAUAAGAACACCAUUGGAGACCCACCCUGUUCAUAAUAACUAACUACAUCUGCAACAACCCUAUGCCCCAAAAGGCCACAGUCUGAGGUAUGGAGGGUUAGGACUUCAAUAGAUGGAGUUUGGGUGACAGUUCAACCAAUAACAGAAUCCAAAGGCUUAAUCUUAUUCUGGUUUUAAAAACUGAUAAAAUGUUGAUUGCUUGGAGCCUUCCCCUUAAGGAGUAGGAGGGAUAUUUCUUAUUCUUCCUAAGAUUGUAGCUGAUGUAUUUAAACACACUGUAUUUUCUGUAGAAACCAUGACUCUUCGAUCCAUACAGUUAAAAAGUCAUUAUGGUCUAGAGUUUUUUUUGCUCCAUCUCUUACCCUAGCAGUGUGCAUGGUUGGUUGGGACUGUCCCUGUCACUUCUCAGCACUCUCACAGUGUGAAAUGAGAGUCAAGAAAUGGUUCUGAGCAUACCCUGGAGCACUCUGGCUUCAGGCUGCAGGUUACCUUCCCUGAGUCUCCGUUUUCUCAUUCUGUUAGGAUAGUGGUGUCUGUCUUGUACACAGUUCUGCUAACAUGGUGCCUGUCAAGCACAUCAGUAAAACAGUACUCACUGCUGCCGUUAAAUUGAUUUAUUGUUAAAACGAGUUCUUCCCAAAAAGUGAAGCUUAUUUUAUAUACACAUACAAAUGAGUGUGUGCUUUUUAAAUGGAUUUAAAAUUCAAAUGCAGAUCUGUAGUUUAAUCUCUUUAGCAUUCAUUUUCCCAUUUAUAAAAUAGGGAGUGUAGUACCAUAUCACAGUGAGGGACUGAAGAGUCUGUGUGACUUCAAGUGCCUAGUGCGUAACAGACAGUACUAUACUCCUGACAUUUCUCCAAAGAAGUUAAGAGCCAGUGCACACGUGAGAGGAUGCUCGACCCCACUGCUUAUUAAGGAAAUGCAAAUCAAAACCAGAAUGAGAUACCACCUCACACCCACUAAGAUGGCUGGGUUCAAAAAGUCAGAUUAUCACAACUGUUGGCCAGGAUGUUGAGAAAUUAGAACUCUCAUACUCUGCUGGCAGGAAUGUAAAAUGAUGGGGCCACUUUGGAAAACAGGCAGGCAGGUCCUCAAAAAGUUAAAUGUGGUGUUACCAUCUGACCUGGCAGUUUCAAUUCUAGAAUUGAACAUGUAUGUCCACAUAACUUGUACAUAGCAUCAUUCAUGAUAGCCAAAAUGUGGAAACCCAAAUGUCCAUCAGUGAAUGAACGGACAAAGUAUGGUACAUCCAUACAAUGGAUAUUAUUCAGUCAUAAAAAGAAAUGAAAUACUGAUACAUGCAACAAAAUGGGUGAUUCUUGAGAAUUAGGCUAAGUGAAAGAAAACAGUCACCACAUGUUGUAUGAUUCCAUUUAUAUUAAGUAUCGCAAAUCCUUCAAGAAAGAAGGUAGAUUAGUGGUUAUUUAAGACUGGGAAGGACGGGGGAAUAGGGGAGUAGUAGCCAGUGGGUACAGAGUUUCUUUUUUGAGAUGAUAGAAAUGUUCUAAAAUUGAUUAUGGUGGUGGUUGCACAACUCAUACCAAAAAUCAUUGAGUUGUAUAUUUUAAUGGGGUGAAUUGUAUGGCAUGUGAAUUAUAUCUUAUUGAUAAUAGCUUUGUUAGCCCUUACCAGAAAGAGAUAAGCAAAGAAUUACAUUCCACAUUUGUAUGUUUAUUGUACAUUCAUUGUAAAUGUGUUGCAUAUUAGUCUGCCAGUGCUGCCAUAACAAAAUACUGCAGACUGGGUGGCUUAAACAACAGAAAUUUAUUUUCUCAUGGUUCUGGAAUCUGGAAGUCCAAGAUUAAGGCUCCAGGCAGUUUGGUUCCUAGUAAGGGCUCUUGCUGACUUUUGGAGGGCCUUUCCUUGGUGUAUGCAUGCAGAGGAGAAGCUCUUUGGUGUCUCUUAGUAAGGACACUAGUCCUGUUGGAUUGGGGCCCCAUCCUCAUGACUUCAUUUAACCUUAAUUAUUUCCUUAGAUGCCCCAUCAACAAAUAGAGACACACUGAGGGUUAGGGCUUCAACAUAUUAAUUUAGAAGGGACAUAAAUGUUCAGUCUGUAACAUAUGAGAUGUAAUAAGUUCAUUCACACUUGAUUUUAGUAAUAUCUCACUGGUGCUUUGUGUCUGCAGUAUACUUGAAUUUAUAAUGAUUUGGACUCAGUUUCAAUUUUUAUCUCAUUAUUAUGUACCUACUGUAUAUCUUGCCCUGAGCUAAGUGCUUUGUAAGUAAUUUUCUCAAAUCCUUACAUCCACCUACCAGGUAGAUACAAGGGCACUUCAAAAAGUUAGUGGAAAAAUAGAAUUAAAAGAUAAUACAAACCUUUCCAUGAGCUUUUUGAAGAACUCCCUUACUCUGCAGGGAAGGAAACUAAAGCUUAGAUUGCCCCAGUGUACAACUAGCUGCAGAGGAUGUGAAUGCACAGCCCAGAUGUGCAUGGUUACCAGACCUUGUCUCAUCUUCUGUGCCGUAUUGCUUUAAUUGAGUUGAAAUUAAUCAGUGGUUCUCCGUGCUCCUGGUGAUUUUUGUUUCCCAUCUUGCCAGGAUGGCUUUUAGGCAAAGUCCAGGAAUGAGUCGUGGCAGCUAACAGAGGCAAUAAGCCUAGGAGGUGCACAGUACAGUAACCAAGUUCCCUAGAGAAACAGGCAUGUGUACACAAGGAAAUAGGCAAGAAUGUUUAUUGCAUCAUUAUCUGGAAACAAUAUUAGUCAAAUAGAAAAUGGAUAAGUCAAAGGACUAUUGCACAGCAAUUAGGGAUUGAAUGAGAGCUAACACAUAUUAACAGGUGGAUCUCAUACUACUAAACGGAAAAGCAAGAUGCAGAAGGCCACAUACGAGGGUACAACAGAAUACCUGAAACUGGUCAUUUAUAAAAGAAUGAAACUUAUUUCUUGCAGUUUUGGAGGCUGGGAAGUCCAUAGUACAGGGAAUGCAUGUGGUGAGGGCCUUUUUCUACAUUAACUCGAGGUAUCAAAUGGAGAGAGAAUGGCAUGAGCAAGAGAGCUAACCUCACUCACUCUCCUUAUGGAACUGUUACCGACAAGGCAGGCUUGGCUGCCCUCUCGCCUUAAACAAAUGACCUGAAAGUCCAAAAGCUGGUGUGAGGAUUGGAAGGUUUAUUCAGAUUACUGGUACUCAACUAAAUGUCUAACCAAGCAAACAGAGAAGAGGAGAAGUGGGGUCCAGUUUAGCCUAGUCCUAAUGGGCGGGGCCAACCUAUUCCAUUAACAGUAAUUGAUAAAAGCAGUUCUCCCCACUAUUUUCAGUAUAAAGAAGAAAAGUGUCAACUAGAUUUAAAUCAGAAAAACAAAGCAUAGCCAGGAGCCCUCCAGGGUUUACCUAUACGGAAGUGGAUACAAUCCAACAAACAGAAGAGGGCUCAGAAAAUCAGAGAAAGCUAAAGAGAAUAAAGCAUUGCCUUGUCAGAAUUUAGGCCAGGGACUCCAGGAGAGAUCUACCAGCAGCAGAGACAUGGGAGCAAAAUAGUCCCAGUGGCCACUUGCCUCUUGCAGCUGGAGUCCUCUCCGGUGUCCAAAGUUUUCCAAUUUUUGCCAGUGAUUAAAUUAGCCUCUCGGAUUCCAAAGUCAUAGAAAUGAACAAUGUACCCAACAGUAAAGCAACCAACGCUUUAUUAAGAGAGGAGAUAGACAUGCAUGAGGGGGGUAGCAACAGUAAGGCUGGCCCCCAGAGGGGAGCUGUUUAGGGUCUUUUAUAGGGAAAGGAGUUAAGGGGUGGCAGGCCAGUGUCACUGGAGGUGGUCUGUUCUGUUCUUCCUGGUUGCAUCAUGGGUACAUGCUCAGUAGGCAGUGGUGUUCAUCAUUGUCACCCCAGGAGGGUCACUGUAGCAGUCACCUUGAUGCUUUGUGCGCAGGUGGGAAUUCCUAAAGAGGUCUUAAGGUUAGUCUCUAACUUUUACAAUUAUAGUAAAAAAGCCUUGGGGUGGGGUUUUGCAACUCAGUAAAUAUCUGUUUCCUCUCAUCUCAGUCUGUCAGGGCAGCCCAUGGGGUAAUCAUUUGCCCUGAGGGGUCUCAUGACUGAAGAGUGGAAAAGUAACAAAGUGUCCUCUGCAGGGAAAAUGGAGUCAGUUGGGUUCACAGGCCUAGCCUUAAUCUGUUUCAGAGCCAUCAGAACCACAGCCACAGUUAAACUGUCAACCCCUUACUCCAUGCAUGGAUCAAUCCACGUAGGGAAAGUGAAGGAAAAUGGUCAGGGCCCCUCUGAUGUUCAGAAUCUUGCUGAGCAUUUGAUGUAAAUAGGCACACGCACCCAAGUGUUCCUUGGUUAUUGUCUGACGUAAUUGCACACGUGCACCCAGGUAUCCUGGGUUAUGACUUAAGUAUAAAGGACGAAUGGCACUAAUCCACGGUGCCGCCUGCCCGCAGGAUGUCCUAGGGGGACAGGGGCGCCAUGGGGAGGCUGCUACUGCUGCUGGAGCUUUUGCUGCCAGUGCCCCCGGGAUGCCCCGAGAGGCCAUUGCCAUUGCUGCUGCUACUGCUGAGGACUGAGCUCGUGUCAUCUACCAAUGGUUCCUGCGAUCUUUCCCAACUACCUAGCAUGAACCUGCGUGUGAAGGGUUUGAAUUAUUUGAACCCCAGCCCUUACAAUACAAUGGAAACUUAGUAUAAACCAAAAUAGUGAAACAGUAUUGGCUUUAGUUAUGAAAUGCCUAGCCAUACAAUUAGUGUAGCUAUUGACUCAACCCAACAACUGGCAUAACUCGGGGUAACUAGUUACCCCGUAACUUGUCGUGUAUAAUCCACUUAUGAGGGCACAGUCCUCCCGAUCCAACCACCUCUUAAAGGCCCCCCCUUCCACCACCAUAUUGGGGGUUAAUGUUCCACAUGACCUUGGGCGACAAACCAUAGCAGUGCUUUUAAAAGUUUGUGGAAAAUUGAAUUGAAAGAUAAUACGAAUCCUUCCAUAAACUUUUUGAAGACCUGUUGUUCUUGUACAGCAUGGUGCCAUUUACAGAGUUUUAAGACGCUUAAAAUAAAGAUCUGAAACGUGAAAA